AUGAUCGCAGCCCAGGCCAAGCUGGUUUACCAUCUCAAUAAGUACUACAACGAGAAAUGUCAAGCCAGGAAAGCGGCCAUCGCGAAAACUAUCCGAGAAGUCUGCAAAGUGGUCUCGGACGUGCUCAAGGAAGUGGAAGUGCAGGAGCCUCGCUUCAUCAGCUCCUUGAACGAAAUGGACAACCGCUACGAAGGGCUGGAAGUCAUCUCGCCCACCGAGUUCGAAGUGGUCCUUUACCUGAACCAAAUGGGCGUUUUCAAUUUCGUGGACGACGGCUCGCUGCCCGGUUGCGCGGUGCUCAAAUUGAGCGACGGGCGCAAGAGGAGCAUGUCCCUUUGGGUGGAGUUCAUCACGGCCUCGGGUUACCUCUCGGCCCGCAAAAUUCGCUCCCGGUUUCAGACUCUCGUGGCCCAAGCCGUGGACAAAUGCAGCUACCGAGACGUGGUGAAAAUGGUGGCGGACACCAGCGAGGUGAAGCUGCGGAUCCGGGAUAGAUACGUGGUGCAGAUCACGCCGGCGUUUAAAUGCACCGGGAUCUGGCCCAGAAGCGCUGCCCACUGGCCCCUGCCCCAUAUCCCCUGGCCGGGUCCGAACCGCGUGGCCGAGGUCAAAGCCGAAGGCUUCAACCUCCUAUCCAAGGAAUGCCACUCGCUGGCGGGCAAGCAGAGCUCGGCCGAGAGCGACGCCUGGGUCUUGCAGUUCGCCGAGGCCGAGAACAGACUUCAAAUGGGGGGUUGCCGAAAGAAAUGCCUCUCGAUCCUCAAAACGCUGCGGGAUCGCCACCUGGAGCUACCCGGGCAGCCCCUGAACAACUACCACAUGAAGACCCUGGUUUCCUACGAGUGCGAAAAGCACCCGCGGGAAUCGGACUGGGACGAGUCUUGCCUGGGUGACCGCCUCAACGGGAUUUUACUGCAGCUCAUCUCCUGCCUUCAGUGCAGGCGGUGCCCGCAUUAUUUCUUGCCUAACUUAGACCUCUUCCAAGGCAAACCUCACUCCGCCCUGGAAAACGCAGCCAAACAAACGUGGCGGUUGGCGAGGGAAAUACUCACCAACCCCAAAAGUUUGGAAAAACUUUAG